AUGCGGCUGCUGGCCUUCAUCCGAAUCGAGGAGAAGGAAACUCGAUUUUGUGGGAUACGAAUUCCCAAUAAGCCACUGGCGAUAUUACUAGCACUUCUUCAAUUAUCUAUAUCAGUGGCCUCGUUUUUACAGCAUGUCUACUCAUUUUACAAGCAUAAGAAAAUAUUCGAAUGCCACUCGGAUAUUCCAAAUAACUCUAGUCUUGAGACCCAUUUUCUCGCCCACGACAUAAUCAUUUUCGACUUUGGCCUAAUGCAUAGAGUACUGGGUACUAAUGAAUGUGUUGCCAACUACUUGGACGGGGGAUAUAUGAGAUUCGCAUGGACGAUAGAGCAAUCGACAGCUCUUUCUAUCUCGCUGGUCUCACUCAUCUGCAUACCCAAGCCAUUAUGGUUGUUAUGGCCGGGUCUGCUAAUGCAAUCCUCUUAUACACUGGGUCUAUCAGUUCUAACAAUGGCGACUGCUCCGAAAAUUCUGGAAGCUCUCGGAGGAAUCAUUGACUUCGAGCUUGCACUGAUAUUCUCUGUAUACUCGAUGGGAUUCGCCAUGAAUUGGCUGUUUACAUUUGUUCUCUGGCAUUAUUACUGGCAUCGAGAGAGGAAAUUGAUGGCGGAGAGAGGGAUAUUCCCACCUCCGGAAUUUGUGUGA